CUUAGAAAACGACACGUUUGGCGGUAGUGAAGUGGGGGCGAAGUGAGUUUUGGAGGAGACCCAGAUGUUCUGCGGCUGCGUAUUUCAGAGGUUAUAUUCUCGUAUGGCGAGCAAACCCCACCGCCUCCAUCACCUUACAGGGACGAUGAGCACACCCAAGAGGGCGAGGGCCAUGACCACCGAGUCUUCAUCCAUGGUGGAUGCAUUCACCAAAUACGCCGACUACAUCAAUCAGCUUAAUGAAAAACGGGAAAGAGUGGUUAAAGCAAGUCGUGAUAUCACCAUUAACAGCAAAAAGGUCAUUUUUCAAGUGCACAGACUUGGUAAAUACAACAGAGGGGAGGUUCUGGAAAAAGCAGAAAAGGAUUUAGUAGCCGUGACAGAACAGUAUAUAUCUCGGCUGAUAAAAGAACUGCAAGGGACCGACUUUUGGAAGCUAAGACGAGCAUACUCACCUGGGGUACAAGAAUAUAUUGAAGCUGCAACAUUCUGUAGGUUUUGUACAAUGGGAACUCUUUUGGAUCUUGAUGAGAUAAAUGCUACUUUAUUGCCUCUUAGUGAUCCAUCCCUUGAGCCUUUGCAAAUCAAUGUUCUUGACUAUCUUUUGGGGCUUGCUGAUUUGACUGGAGAGCUGAUGCGGUUGGCGAUUGGUCGGAUAUCAGAUGGUGAAAUUGACUAUGCACAGAAGAUAUGCAAGUUUGUUCGUGAUAUCUAUAGGGAGCUGACCCUUGUAGUUCCAAGCAUGGAUGAUAGUCAUGAUAUGAAAACAAAGAUGGAUACAAUGCUUCAAAGUGUAAUGAAGAUUGAGAAUGCCUGCUUCAGUGUUCAUGUGAGAGGGUCGGAGUAUAUGCCACUACUUGGAUCCAACGAUCCAAAUUCCAUUUUAUUGGGGGUGCCAGAUGCCGAAACAUGAAUAGGAUGAGCGAGCUAACUCAUGUGGAUUGGUUUCAUUUGCUGAGAGGAUUUGAAAGUUGAUACAUUUGAGCAACUUUUUCUGAUACCAAAGCAAAAUUGGUUCAUAUAUCAUAUAGGCAUUUGCUGAAAACGUCAACAAAGGAGAUCGCUUUUUCUUUCCUUGAACCAUUGAUUAUCAUGUAUGUUGAUAGAAGGAACACAAUGUUUUCUCAUAGAGUUGUGUUGACUUGUGAGGCCGGGUCCAGAAUGUAGAAAUUUAGCUUUCUUGUAUCAACUAUUAUAUAAAUAGUCGAACUUCUAUGGUCUCUUCUAUCUUUUACGUGAAUUGAAUUUAAAACUUGUACAUA